CCAACCUUCUAGGGCUGUUUUUUAAAAAGGACGAUUCACACCAUGACCGAAAAGAGAAAAGAUUCACCCAAUCCACCCAACACAGGCUCAUUGAUAAAGCGGUCCAAGCAAGAAAGUGAUAAUGACAGCUCACUCAUAACUCUCUCGAGCGAGAGAUCCGGUACAAACCAUGCUAUUGUUGGUACAGUUAGACGUACAUCAAGUCUAGAUGCUCCUGUAAUGCAACUUUCUGGUCAUCAGGGUGAAAUAUUUGCAUGCGAGUUUGAUCCUAGUGGUGAACAUAUUGCUUCUGCUUCAUUUGACAGACAAAUCUUAUUAUGGAAUACAUAUGGAGAGAGCAAGAAUUAUGGCGUUUUGAAGGGUCACACCAAUGCGGUUAUGGAUGUACAUUGGUCUCGCGAUGCAAGCCAGUUGUUCAGUUGUUCGGCUGACAAAACAGUUGGUAUAUGGGAUGCUAAGACGGGAGAGAGGAUUCGGCGGUGGAAGGGACACAGUAUGGUAGUUAACAGCUGUCAAGUGGCGAGAAGAGGGCCUGAAAUGGUUGUGUCUGGUAGCGAUGAUGGUUGCAUAAAGCUCUGGGACAGUCGAGAGAAAGAAGCCACUCAAACCUUUGAAGACAAGUAUCAGGUCACAAGUGUCUGCUUCAGUGAUGCAGGAGAUAUGGUUUACUCGGGUGGUCUUGAUAAUGAAAUCAAAGUAUGGGAUCUACGCAAGAGAGCUGUUUCCUAUACUCUCUCGGGUCAUAUUGAUACUAUUUCUGGAAUGUCUUUGAGCCAUGACGGUUCCUAUUUACUCUCAAAUGCCAUGGACAACACAGUGCGCAUCUGGGAUGUCAAACCAUUUUCACCCGCAGAUCGCUGUAUUAAGGUGUUUGAGGGCGCACCUCAUGGAUUCGAAAAGAACUUGAUUAAGCCCUGUUGGUCAACCAAUGAUACACAGAUCGCAUGUGGUUCUGCAGACAGAACUGCUGUUGUUUGGGAAGUUGAUUCUGGAAAGAUUCUUUACAAAUUACCAGGUCACAAGGGUAGUGUUAAUGAUGUAGACUGGCAUCCCAAGGAACCCAUUCUCAUGAGUUGCAGUACUGAUAAAACCAUAUUUCUUGGUGAAGUUAAACCAACCAUUUAAAACUGAACAAAAUCCAAAGAAAGAUCCCCUAAACCAUUAAAUAAAACAUUCUCUUCUUUUACUGUAU